AUGUCCCAACAGCCAGCAACGACCAGCCGUGCAGAGCUGGUAUCCAGCGCAGUUGAGUUUCUUUUGGACCAGAGUAUUGCGGACUCGCCGCUCGCCAAAAAGGUCGAAUUUCUAGAAUCUAAAGGGCUUACCCAGCAGGAAAUCGAGGAGGCGUUACAAAAGGCUCGCACAGGCACAGUUCAAGCACCGCCAUCACAGCAGCCCGUUGUGCCGCCUCGCCCACCAGUGCCCGAUUAUUACCCUAGCGCACCUCCACUGCCUGAGCGUGACUGGAAGGACUACUUUAUCAUGGCAACAGCAACGGCAGGAAUUUCGUAUGGGGUGUACCAGAUUGUGAAACGGUACGUUGUUCCUAAAAUUUUGCCUCCAUCAAAGACACAACUGGAGCAGGACAAGGCUGCGAUUGACCACGAGUUUCAGCGUGUCGAAAGCCUACUGGAGAAGUUUGAGGCGGACCAGAAAGAGUUCUACCAAAAGCAGGAGGCAAAGUCCAAAAAGAUCGACGAAACGCUGCAGGAAGUCGACGAAAUCAUCAACAAAACCAACGAAAAGAACCUCAACAACGAGGAGACGCUCAAGUACCUCAAGCUCGAGAUCGAAAACAUCAAGACCACGCUACUUAAAACACUCGACAGUCAAAAAGCCACACUCAACGCAGAGCUGUCGGCCAUGGAGAAGCAGCUGCAGGACAUCAAGUUCGACAUCAAGACCUCUGGCAUCGCUGCGGCUCCGCAGCUGAGCACGCCUCCGAGUGAGUCGACGUCCAGGCAGUCGCCUGGUGCGGAAGCAAAAGCCAAAAUCAAUCUGAAUAUCCCGCCUACCACGUCCAUUCCGUCGCUCAGAGACGUGUUGUCCAGAGAAAAAGAUAAAGACGUAAACUCUGACAGUAUUGCGCAGUACGAGCAGCGCACAGCUAACGAAAAAGAUCUCGAGCGCUCGAUCCCAGCUUGGCAGCUUUCUACCAGCAACGGAGGAAGCUCCACGACGUCGAGCGUGGCGGGGGACGAACAGAAAGAACCUAAAAGAGGCAUACCGGCGUGGCAGCUGAAUGCCUAG